AUGGUUUCUGUCCUUACAGCACUCCUUCCAAUUGUGGUCGUCAGUGUCCAAGUGCUAAGCAAAGUGGGGGACUCAGUGCUGCUGGUGGCAGAGUGCCCUCCUAGCUUCCAAGUGCGGGAGGCCAUCUGGCGAUCUCUCUGGCCAUCAGAGGAGCUCCUGGCCUCAUUUUUCCAGGGUUCCUUGGAGACUCUGUAUCACUCCCGUUUCCUGGGCCGAGUCCAGCUACAUGGCAACCUCAGCCUGGAGCUUGGACCCCUGAAAAGUGGAGACAGCGGCAACUUCUCUGUUCUGAUGGUGGACACAGGGGGUCGGACCUGGACCCAAACCCUCCAUAUCAAGGUAUACGAUGCAGUACCCAAGCCUGUGGUUCAAGUGUUCACUGCUGCAACGGAAGAGGCUCAAGCCCCCCAAACCUGCCAGGUCUUCUUGUCCUGCUGGGCCCCCAACAGCAGUGAUGUAACCUACAGCUGGCGACGGGAGGGGACAACGGAUGCCGACGUAGUGGAACUGUAUAGCCCUUUCUCAAACAGACAGGUGUUAAGAGUCUCGCUGGGACUGGGAGCCGAAGAUGUAGCCUAUACCUGCACUGCCUCCAACCCUGUCAGCUGGGAUAUGGCCACAGUCACUCCCUGGGAGAGCUGCCAUCAUGAGGCAGCCUCUGGGAAGGCCUCCUACAAGGAUGUGCUGCUGGUGGUCCUGCCAAUCUCACUCUUCCUGAUCCUAGCUGGUCUCUUUGGGGCAUGGCAUCACGGACCCUGCUCAGCAGGGAAAAGGAAGGAAGCUGGCACUGACAGAGUAGUUCCGGAGACAGAGAAUCCCCUGGUGUAAGGUGUGCCAUGAGAGACAACAUAAACUGAUGCUCGGAUCAUGAUGAGACAGACACCCUGCCCAGUCACAUGAUGCUCUGUAUCUGGAAACUUCCAGGAUCCUCGUAACUUCCUCAAGUCUCCUGUCUGCCGAUAGAGAAAAGCCAAGGAAGCCACCAUCACCCUGGCUCCAACCUCCUCCCUAAGUUUUACACAUGCUGGAUCUUCCCUGGGCAAGGUGAACUAAGAGGUCACUUUCUUAAGAGCCCUGGACAUUCUCUAGGAUCCCCAGAGACGAUGUUUAUCCAAAACAUUCAUGUGUACAAGAUGUUAUGAUAAGAAAAGUUGCAGAACAAGGCUAGAUGAAGGGCAGGGCUUUUUCUUUCUGGCCUGAAGGACUUCCAGAUCAUCUGAGUUCAAGGUCCCUCAAAGGUAAAUUGAGGUUUUAAGAUGAUGAAGGAUAGCUGACAUGCCAUCUUGGGAUGGAAGCCAUGAGGGGAUUGUCGUGUUUGUUUUGGUUUUGGGGAUUUUGUUAUUGUUUUUUGUUUUGAGGCAAGGUUUCUCUGUGUAGCAGCCCUAGCUAUCCUAGAACUAACCCUGUACUAGGCUGGCCUUUAACUCACAGAGAUCCAUCUCCCUCUGCCACCGGAGUGCAAGGGAUUAAAGAUUUGCACCACCACCGCCCAGCUGAAAGCCAUUUUUCUGGUAGCACCCUAUUAAUAGACAUCUUCAUCAUCACCAUUAACUCUCAUGCCUCCUGCAUGAUCUGGAGUAGUAUUUGAAAGUCUCUCUAUACAGUCUACACAGUUGCCAGACAGGAAAAAAAAAAAAAAAAAAAAAGCAGAGCUUGACCCAGCCAACAACAAAGCCUUGCACAAUGGCAAGAGAAGCAGCUAAGUUCAGGGUAAGUCUGUCUUCCUGAAACUGGGAGAAUAAAGAGCAUGAGGGAAACUGGAGGGAAGAGUACUGUGACAUUUCAGAAUCUGCCACAUUCAUUUUCAUUUGCAAGUAUAGAAGACCCGCCUAAGUUCACAGGGGAGAGCCAAGUUCCUACCACUCAACCAUAGGAUUGUGAAGGUUGUUUUGACCACUCAAUGUUCAAUUGUCAAGGUCGCCUUGACAUCCCCCAUAGAGGACAUUGUUAUGGCCAUCUUUGGAAAAUGCAUCCUGCCAUCGAAUGAUUCUGUUUUGAAAAAGUCUAGGCUGUUUAUUGCUUGCUGCUUGGGAAAAUAAAACACUUGAUGAGUUAAACUUA